AUGCGUGUCCAGUCGCUCGCCGUCCUCCCCCUCCUACACCUCGGCAGUGUCUACGCGCACGGCAACCACAAUGCCGAUGCGGCGGCGAAGAGCAACGCAGAUGCGGCGGCUGAAAUCGUGCCGCCGACGGACGACGCGUUGAACAGGGUCAGAGGGCCCGGCGAUUAUGCUCAGCGCCAUAUGGCUCAAGAACAUCACAUAGACUCGUUCGACCUUCCGAGUUUCUUUACACUUCACGACCUCGACCGUGACGGAAUGUGGAAUAAAGAAGAGAUUGAAGCCGUCUACGGUAUGCACCACACCUACGCCAAGAAGAUGUCCAAGGACGAAUUUCAGCAUGCAAAGAAGACGCAGGCGAUUGUGGGGAGCGUGUUGAAGGCGAUGGACAAGGACGGCGACGAGAUGGUUUCGCUCGAGGAGUUCGAGGCGGCGGGCAUCGAGGCCUUGCCCAAUUUCGACGACCUGGGUGCCCACGGACACCAUUACGACGUUGAGAGCGAGUUCUUCCUCCACCACGAAGAAGAGUACCACAACACGCCCGAGACCCAGACCGACGAGUCUUACGUGCACGCCGAGGACAUGGAGCACUUUGAGCACCACGAGAAGAUAGAGGAGAUCGAGGCUGAGCGCGAAGCCAAGUUCCAGGGCAUCUCCGUCGAAGAGGCUUUGGCGCAGCACGACCCGGAGAAGCAACCGCCUCCGCCGCGCAAGACCAAGACCGAGGACCCGAAUCCCGCGGAUAAGUUCAGGGCUGUCAAGGGCGAGGCGGAGAAGUUGGGCGCGUGGGGUGAGGGAGACGGUGGGUUCAGGCCGCCGAGCUCGCCACAGGAGAAGAUGCGGAAGAACUUGCCCUACAAGUACAAGUUCCGCAAGGCUUGGGGAGACUUCUAA